AUGGCCUUUAUCGCUAAGCCUUUGGAAGAGCGAGUGACAUGUUGGUCUACGCUGCCCAACGUUGCCGCAUUCGAAAGUCUGCCCUACCCAGCCUCUUCACCGUGGGACUCGCAAAGCCUGCUUUCCCCCAUGGAUGGUCUCUCUAUUGACAAUACUGCAUUGAGAGAUCUUUCGCAGGAGACCUGGAACCAGCCCUCGAUUUCUUCGGCUGAUGGAUCAGUCCUUUCUGCUUCUGACUGUGUAUGCACUUGCUAUCUUAUUUCCACCUUUGAUCAAACCAAUAACGUUGCUCAGGGCUUUCAGACAAUGAACUUUCCCCCAGCCGCUUUGGUAAAUCCAGAAGAUCUCAAUUUCGACCACACCUACAGGAAUGAAGAUAUAUAUGAGAAGAGCACAUCAUCAAUACAGUCAGGCGGCAUGACACAACCAAUUUACCGAGCUUGUUCAUCUCCUACUUUUACAAAGUCUGACAUGACGAGUUUGCAAUCAGAGAGUUUUCCAAACUUGAGAUCUAGUCCAGAGGAUGGACCUACCUGUCAGGAAACUCGCCGAAAAAGAGCCCGUAAUGUGACAGAAAAGCGCUACCGUGAAAGUCUUAACCUCAAUUUCCUACAACUAGAGAAUGUUUUAAGUCAUCGCCGGCCCAAAGGUUAUAUGGGCAUGUCGACGGAUAAGAGACCCGAACGUGUGAAGCGAGUGGCGAUCCUCGCCCAUGCCCGUGAUGAAAUUUUGGAACUACGAGCGGAGGUGAAAUCAAUCAAAGAGAGUCUUUCAACUCUACGAGAGGCUACCUUCCCCAACACAUGCAAAUUCACCCUACAUGAUGACUGA